GUUUUUGAAUUCGGUGGAUCUAAAGUUCGGGUUGCGAUUUCAAUUUAGGACGAACCCUAUUAGGUUCACCGUUCAUCUUUUCUGUUCCCCCACCCCCCAAAUCUGAUCAAUCGGAUUCAAAUUCCGGCGAUCUCCCUCUCGAAUUGACCUGAGCAAUUUAUCAUGGCGUCGAAGAAGAAGCACUCAGAAGGAAUCGCUUUACUCUCCGUCUACAGUGACGAGGAUGACGAAGAGAUGGAAGACGCCGAGGAAGAAGAGCAGAGAAACCAGGAACAAGUCGAACGUACUGAAGAGCUUCGGCUAGAAGAAGAUAAUUUCAUGGACGAAGAGAGAGGAAGAGGAGAAGAAGAUUCUAGAACGCCUAAGGUCAUCGAUGGUGGAGCUUCCAGCGCUCACGCCACGCCUCGUUCUCUCGACAACAACGACGAUUGGAGUAGUCGUAUGAAUAUCAUCGAGUCUGGGGUUGGGGAUGGUGAGAGAGCAGAUGAUACGUCAGGGGAAAGUGGUGAUUCGUUGUUGGAUCAGUUCCUUCCUCCUCCACCCAAAGAGAAAUGCUCCGAGGAGCUGCAAAGGAAAAUAGAUAAGUUUCUGAGCUUGAAGAAGAUGGGGAAGAGUUUUAAUAAUGAAGUGCGGAAUAGAAAGGAGUAUAGGAAUCCUGACUUCUUGUUGCAUGCUGUGAGUUAUCAAGAUAUUGAUCAGACUGGUUCUUGCUUCAGUAAAGACGUUUUUGACCCCAAUGGAUAUGACCCCAGUGACUUCUGUGAUGCAAUAGAACUUGACAUGAAGUAUGAUAGAGAAAGGAAGGAACAAGAAAGCAAGAAGAACCAAAGGCUUGACUUUGUUUCUGUUGGGACUCAACCUGGGACGGUAUUCCCUGCUCCAAAGCCUAACAUCCCUAUCCCAGGUGUUCCAGCGUUAGCUACUACUGGAUUGCCCUCCGUACCAACUGAUAUCGCUGCUCGUGAUGGUAGACCGAAUAAGAAGUCCAAAUGGGAUAAGGUUGAUGGGGAUGUGAAGAAUCCACCUCUAGCAGCUGGAACUAAUGCAGCUCCUGUAUCUAGUGCAAGUGCUGGUUCUGGAUACUCAGCUUUCGCGUAAGUUGUAGUGUUUUCUAUUGUUUGCUUCAUAAAAUUAUGGAAUCUUAGAGUCAUGAUCUGAUUGUCCG